CGGAGGUUAGCAAAGCACUUGUGUUUUCCAAAUGGAUCGGUACGCCCCGCGGGUACUGGCCUAAUGUUCAAUACGCUGGACGAGGUUUACAUAAACUGCCUACUGACCGACCUGGCUAGAGGUACUAGUAGGUGUAUCCUUAGGUAUGUGGACAGUGCCUUGGGCGCUCAGGUCUGAUGGUCCCGGUCGCAUUUCACGGAGACGAUGCUGAUACACACUUCCCCCAUUCUAUUCAUGGAACCUCUCAUAUCGCGCGGAUCAUACCUUGGCUUAGGGUAAUAGGUAAUGGCCAGCGUACACUCGCAUCACAUGCGAGGCAAGAUACUACUUCAUAGACAGAUUGGCUAUUAAUUUAUGUUUUUCUGGGUAG